AUGGGUUUAUUUGGCGCAUUAGCAGGAGUUGCAUCCAGAUUUUUGCCCGCAGUGGGAACAAUAGCCAGAGGUGUAUUUGGAGUUGGAAGGAAGAUUUUGAGUACAUUAGGUAUACUUAAAGAGAAAGCACAACCUAUUAUACAAACUGUACAGAAAGGUUGGGAUGUAGCACGAGAUGCAACAAAUCUUAUUCCAAAUCCUGAAACAAGAGGAAAAGUUCAAGGAUGGAUGGACAAUGUAGGAAGACAAGCAGGAAACUAUUAUAACAAAGCAAAUGACUACUAUAACCAAGCAGGACACUAUAUGGACCAAG